AUGGUGAAGCAGAACACCAUUCCUCCAGUGGAUAUCAGUCACAUCGAAGGCGCAAAGGGAUAUCCAUGCAAUUUCUGCGAAUUCAAAGGACGUACUGUGAAUGACAUCCGUAGGCAUACUAGUUCAGCGCAUUCUGAGUUUUUCCCAUCAUUGGGUACGAAAUUAGUUUCUCCUUGUCAUCAUUGUAAUCAGGUAUUGGAUUCACGGGGAAAACUGCUGAAGCAUAUCGGUGACUGCCAUGAAGAUAUACCAUUAGCGUUCAAGUGUGCGUACUGCCCGAAAACGUUCGCCACAUCUCGCGGUGUGCGCGAGCAUGAACGGCGAUCACAUGAAUCACGUUUGUUCCUAGAUGCGGAGCAUUUGGUUUGCCCGCAUUGUGAGCAGGAGUUCCAGAACAAACGAAAUCGAGAUGAACACGUAAAGAGGCACAAUAAUCCCAACUCUGUGAUUGGCCGUGGAUUUUAA